GCGCUCGGCUCCGGGGCUGCGGGGAGCAGGCGGACACCGCGGCGGCAGUGGCUGCUGCUGCAGGACGAGCCCAGGGGACACCGCCCCUGCCCCGCGCUCUGCUUCAGCCCAGCGCUGCUCCCCAGGGGCCUGUGCGGACUCGCCCUGCGUGACGUGUCACCAUGUCUGACCGGAAGGCAGUGAUCAAGAACGCAGACAUGUCUGAGGACAUGCAACAGGAUGCCGUUGACUGCGCCACACAGGCCAUGGAGAAAUACAACAUAGAGAAGGACAUUGCUGCCUAUAUCAAGAAGGAGUUUGACAAGAAAUAUAAUCCCACCUGGCACUGCAUCGUGGGCCGGAAUUUUGGCAGUUACGUCACGCACGAGACGAAGCACUUCAUCUAUUUUUACUUGGGUCAAGUGGCCAUCCUCCUCUUCAAGUCAGGCUAGGGGCCGAGGAGAGGGUGUCAGUGGCGGCGGCGGCAGCGAUGGCCCACAGGCGGCCUUGCUGGGACUGUUUUGCACUGGGGCCAGCAUCAGGAAGUCCUCUCCAAUGGCUGUGCUACUGCAUGGACUGUAUACUCGAUUUCAUGUGUGUGUCGCAGUAAACAAAAACCAAACUUC